AAUCCUUUGUACUUCCGGUUACAUUUGCCUUCUCGAUUAUCAUUAAGAUUUUUGUUUUGAUAAAUAACCUGUUGCUUCGUCAAUAGGCCUAUUUUUUUCGAAAGCUUCUAUAAAACAACUGUAGAUGGAUUGACCAGAAACCUGUACAUAAAGCCGUUCAAGAUGUAUGACAUGCCAACUAGCCUGCAGGAGUGCUGCAUUGACUUCAUCAGUGACCAUCUGCAGGAUCUGUGCACUGCCUCGGCCACAGAGAACACAAGCAUUAAGAAGCUUGCCUUCAAAGACCCCGACAUCUUCUUCCAUGGCGAGCUGUCUGAACAGCUGCUGCAGACCCUCUGUGAAAAGGGUAAACUGACUGACGAAACCCUGAGUCUAUUCGAUCCCAAUGUGACAAACUUAAAGAGGGUGUCCAUCAGAGAUGCUCAGCUUUCGGCAAAAGGUUUGAGGAUUUUGAAAAGUCAUAAAAUUUCUGAACUGGAGAUCAUUGGACUUCGAACAGCCACUGUGAAUGAUGUCAUUGGAUGUCUGGGAGAGUGGACUCUGUCCAAUCUGAAGUCCCUAAAUGUCAAUAACAGCACGUUCGUGAACAGUACAAAGUUCUGUGUAGUUGUGUCAUUAUCCAAACUGCACAAUCUUCAGAGUUUGAAUGUUAGCAACACAGAAUUUAAUAAACAUGGACUUGAAAUUAUUGUGGAAGACCUUCCUUGCCUUGUGAAUCUGGAUAUAUCCAGUACCCAGAUACUGGACAUAUCCCCCCUAAGGAAAUGCAAGGACCGCCUGAAAUCUCUAUCUAUGUACAAUCUAGUGGCCUCCAAUCAGGACGAUGUGGUUCCUGUAUUGUGUGAAUUGACAAAGUUGGUUCAUUUGGAUGUGUCGGAGGAUUCCUCAAUGCAGCCGUUCGUCAAUGUCAACUCCGGGAAGUUCGCUAUCAUUAACCUCCUCCUUAGACCCCGAUGCCUUCCCAACCUUACCUCCUUGGAUAUUUCGGGGAAAGAUGGUGCCAAUGAAGAUGUUCUCAGGGAAUAUGUGAGUUGUCACAGCAAGCUGAACUUCCUAGGUUUGGCUCUAACAGAGUACUGUGAAUAUUCAAUGUUCACCAACGACCAGAGUCCAGACUUCAUCGGAACCAUGACUGUCAGCGGAGAAGCCGACGAGAGGCAGAUUAUGGAGGCCCUGAGAAGAUAUGUCAGCCGGUGUGUUUAUGUCCAGAAGUCCCUGUACACAUUGUUUCGCUUGACACAAGUCAUGUUGAAGCCCAGAGAAGAUAUCAUAAAGUUGGUGCUGCCAGCCAUGAAGAGCCACCCCAAACAGUUGGGGGUGCAGAUGGCAGCUACCGCCUGCCUGUACAACCUGUCUAAGGGAGAGGUGGGAGCCAAGGUCCACCCCGCCUGUCUCACCAGGAUUGUCAACUUGACCCUCCUAGCCAUGGAGAACUUCCCCAACCAUCAGCAGUUGCAGAAGAAUGCACUGCUGACCCUGUGUAGCGAUAGGAUUCUGAAUGAUGUGACUUUUGACAGGUAUCGGUGUGCCAAACUUGUGAUGGAAUGUCUUUGCCAGUUCAACGAUCCGUCCAUGAACAGGAUGUCUGUAGCGAUAUGCUCGAUUUUAGCAGCUAAGAUAUCUACUGAUCAGACAUCUUCACUGGGAGCCAAGCCUCGGUACAUGAGGAAAAUGCUGCAGCUUGUCAAGUCCAAAGUGGAGUCCAACGCCAUAGACAUCACACUCAAAUUCACUCUCAGUGCUCUAUGGAAUCUUACAGAUGAGUCACCAGCAACUUGCCAUGUGUUUUUACACGAGGGUGGUCUGGAGUUGUUUAUGACAAUACUACAGACUGUCUCCACAAUGGAGGUAGAUGUUAGAACUCAAGUGGAAACCAAGAUAUUGGGACUUCUGAACAAUAUAGCAGAAGUGCCCACCUUACGGGAGUAUUUAAUGAGAGAUGAUUUCUUGAUGCUGAGCAAACAACUUCUGAGGGCAUCCCAGAUUGAUGUGAGUUACUUUGCUGCUGGAAUCAUCUCCCACUUAGCCAGCGAGAGCAUCCAGAAAUGGCUUGUUGUGUCAGCAAAGGAGGACAUUCUAAAAGAAUUGAGGGAUGUUGUUCUACAGUGGGAACAGCCAGAGGGUGAAAUGGUGGCCUACAGGUCCUUUAACCCCUUUUUCCCAUUGCUGAGAUGUUUCGACUGUCCAGCAGUGCAGCUGUGGGCUGUUUGGGCAAUUCAACAUGUCUGCACCAAAAAUAGUACUAGGUAUUGUCCAAUGUUGGAGAAAGAAGGUGGUACAGACAUUAUGAUGGAGCUGAUAAAUAACCCAGGCACUGAUGAAAACGUGGUCAGUAUAGCAGAGAAGAUCUUGGCCUUUGGGAAGGGUCCGUCUGUUCAGCAGGUGCCCCGUGACGACCAGAUGUCCGCACCAGUUCCCUGCCCUGCCACAGAAAAUUAAACUGGAACUCCGACGUCUAGAACCUGCGUUUCCUCAGAUUAAUGGGCUGAAAUGUGCAGCAGCAUAAUCAUAAGCUUGAAUUCAAAUGUUUAUUGGAUUUUGCAUUUUUUUGGGAUAAAGAGAAAGUGUGGUGCUAUAUCAUUCCACUGUGAACAAUUUAUCAGUGAUUUUGAUGAUAUUGAUAUUAAGAUUUCAUUGGUCAUCAUCAUUGAUAGAAUUAAUGGAACAUUUGAAAUCAUAUUGUAAACUUCAUAGAUAAAAAUUUAAUUUUUUCCAUUCCUUUAUUUUGAGCCCACAUUUAACAAAAAUAUAUUUCAAUUUUCACCAGAUGUGAGGGUGAUCUUUUUUUUAUAAAGAAAAAACACAGUAUCUGUAUCCACUGAUGAAAAAAAAUAGGUGUAAGGGUAAUACAUGUAAUAAUUUUGAAUAGAACAUGCACUUGUGCAUGCAAAUUCAUAAAGGAUUAUUUUAUAUGGUCUUUUGUUUGUAACACCCCCCCCCCAAAAAAAAAAAAAACACAAAAAGAGGAAGAAGUUGUUAUUGUUUGGAUUGUGUUAUGUUUGUUAUUUGAUUAAGAUUUUUAUUGUAUUUAUCUGUGAAUAGGAAAGUGCUAUUCUUUGUAAUUACUCUGAAUGUUUUGGUAAGUUUUUUUUUUGGACAGUGCUUUUGUUUUACAAAGAAGUCUGUUAUCAUAUCUUGGUCCAUGGAAUAACACAACACAGUAUGUAUAUACAUGUUUAUCUUGUAAUUUUUUUUUUCUGUGAUCGCAUGGGGAAAUCCAGAUAAAAAAUUAAUGUUUGAGUAGUAAAGGGCUGCAUUGAAAAAAACCAUGUCUAAUCAAUUACCCACUGUAAAAUGAAUGAAACCUUAUUGAGAUAUUUUGUUGACCAAAUAUUUACACUCACUGGUAGUAUGAUAAGCGAUAAUUUCUGUUCAUAUAGAAUUCACAGGAACAUGUAAAUUUGCUCUACCCUAGAGCCCUAUACUCUAUAAUACUGCUCAUGUUGUCCUUGUGGUGUUAUGUUUCUACACUUGCACUAAUUGCAUGUGAAUUUCAUCAUCACCAAGCUUUUCUGUUGAUUUACAAAAAAUAAAAAGGCUAAUUUCACCAUUUUGAAAACUAGACAGACAUGUAUCUGUUUUACAAAGUAAAAUUAGAUUAGAAAGUUGAAUCUCAGCAAAGAUUGUUCACAUUGGAAAUGCUCAGACUUGGACAGAAACAUAAGACAUUGCAUAGAUUGAGUCUUGGUUCAUUUACAUUUAAUUGCUUAUUUGAUGGAAAUAUCUGAAACCAGGUAAAACAGUUUUGAUGUGUUGCAAGUUAUAAGUAGUCUAGCAUAUGAGCAGUAACCAAAAACCACAUAUUUAUGUGCAUACAACUUCAUAAGUAUGUAAGUGUGAUGAACCAUUUCUCUUUUAAAAACUAUCACCUUUAAUAAUUAAGAGAAUGAAAUAUUUAGUGAUGCAUUUUGAUGAGGAACAUGUUUCUGCAAUAAGUGCAUGAUCUUUUGACACAUGCAUUAUCACAUGUAUCAAGAAGCGGCAUUCUAUGGUCAUCAAAUUCAUCAUUUAUACUUCCUGCUGUGCAGUUCAUGGUAAGGGCUUACCAAGGGUUUUUAUUGGAACCACUUGGUUUACUAGUAUUUCUUGUUGUUGUGAUAAUCCUGUUUUUGGAAAGUACCAGGUAAUAAGUAUAAAUUAAUGCUCCACUGGAUGUACUUUAAAAAAAAAAAAAAAAAAAAAAUCCAACUUUGGCUGUUGGGAGUUCUUUUGGGAAUUAUAAGUUCUAUUGUGAUCCAGAAUUUUGGAAUGUAAAGAACAAUUUCAUACUUAUAAAUUGCUCAUAUUUUAAAUGUUACAUGUAUUAAAAUGUGAGUAAAAACAUGUUCUUGAUCAAUUUUUAUGCAUUGAGGUGUUAUAGGGCCCGUAAUUUUAUAAUCAAAUAAUUGAAGAUAUUGUAAAGUACAUGUUUUUUAAAGAUAAACUCCAAAGAUGGUAUAAGAACAAUUCUAAUGGGAAUAGCACAUAACUUCACCAACUGAAUGAUAAAAUAUAUUUAUUAUGAACAUGCAGUUACAAACAGUACAUGUACACCAGAGUUUGCAUUAGCACAGACUAUUAUUACAUGUACUAGGAUCAAAAUCUCUACCCAUGAUUGUUCAUGGGAUGUGUGGGUACUGUAUAAAGAUGUACCCCCCACUUGGCUUUACAUGUUACUGGUGAUGUGUGACAAUCCGGGCUGUAAUGGGAUUCUGUUACUGGUUCUUAACAUUACAGUCUUGUUUUGUUUUCUUUAAUUUUGUUAUUUUUAACUGUUGUAUAUUGAAUUUAUUGUUAAACUGUAUGCUGUAAUCAUCCUCAUUCAAUAAAAUGUUCAGAAAAAG